AUGUCGCUGACGUUAUUACUCUGCGACUAGGGAUUUAUGCGACAUACAUGGCAAUGGCGAGCGGUAAAAGGAGUGCUUUACUUUCCUCUUUGGCAGCCUAUGGGGACGAUUCAGAACCUGACUCUGACCUCGAACCGGAUGAGACAGGGGGCCGUGGAAGUGGUCUGGUGUACAGCUAUGGUGAGGAUGAUCUCAACCGAAAUGAGGGUGCAGAUGACAAGGGAUCUGGAGAUGAAGACAGUAGAGAGAGCAACUCGGAAAUGGAAGACUCUGACGAGGGGAGAGACGCAGAUGAUGUUGAGAUCCCAGAAGCAGAAAGAAAGGACCCCAAUGAGUUAGUUGCUCUAUUCUCAGAGAAGGUGAGGAACAUGUCACCUGACCAGAUCAGGAUCCCCCCUGAGCCCCCCGGACGCUGCUCGAGCCAACUGCAGGAGAAGAUCCACAAGCUGUAUGAGAGGAAGCUCCAUGGAGAUUUUGACACGAACAGCCACAUCCAGAAAAAGAAAGAAUUUCGAAACCCCAGUAUUUAUGAGAAGCUCAUUCAGUUCUGUGGUAUAGAUGAGUUGGGAACGAACUACCCAAAAGAUAUGUUUGAUCCUCACGGCUGGUCAGAAGACUCGUACUAUGAAGCUCUAUCCAAAACCCAGAAAGUGGAGAUGGACAAACUGGAGAAAGCCAAAAAGGAGCGGACCAAGAUUGAGUUUGUUACGGGGACUAAGAAAGGCACCAACCCCUCCAGCACAGCAUCGUCCACCACCAGCAACACCAGCACCACCACAGCCACUGCAGAGGCCCAGAAGAGGAAAAGCAAGUGGGACUCUGCGAUCCCUGUGACCGUGGCCCAGCCCACCCUCAUCACUACCACCGCCACCCUGCCUGCUGUCGUCUCGGUGACAACCACUGCGAGCGGCACCAAGACCACUGUCAUCUCUGCAGUAGGCACCAUCUUAAAGAAAGCAAAGCAGUGAGCUUUGUUUCUGAGAGUGAGUCGUUCAAACGGUGACUGACAUGAAGACAUGUGUCCUCUGUAUGUGAAAAGAUUCAACAGAAGACAAAUGACCUGAGGGACACUUGUGUACAUGUUUUUGAACCAGCCUAAAAAUUCCCUCCACUACACAUGGACUUAAAGACUUCACUGCCUUUUCUUUUUGGGUUUGUAUCUGCACUAUGCAGAUCUCAUGCUGAUGAAACAUUUGCUGUUCAUUUGUUUAUAUAUUGACAACAGUUGUUAAAGAGGUAAACAGAAUAAGAACAUGACAAUGGUGGUUGAAUAAGGAAAAUAGUCCCUCACGGACCUGUUAGAAAUAUUCUGUUCAUUGUUCUGGUGCAGUAUUUUCAUGCCCCCCUGGAGCCGUCAUGUGUAAUUGCUUGACAGUUUUUCUUUAUAACAUAUUCUCUCAGCUCUGAAGUAAGUUUUUUUUUUUUUAACUCUUGUACAUAUGUAUUGAAGAUGUGGUAAAUAAAUGGAUCAGAUGUUGCCUUUUCA